GGUCGUCCGUCGCGUCGCCCGGCUGGGAGCGGGCUGGCGGCGGUAGCUGUCCGCCGCUCGGUUGCGUGACCGCGGGGUCCGCGUCCACUCCCUCCGCCCUUCGCCCUUCGCCUCGUCUCGGCCUCCGCGGCCGGGCAACGGCCGUCAUGGUGCCGUCGGCGCUCCCUGCGCGACCCCGCUGAGCCUAGGUGCCGCGGCGAGCGCGGUCGAGGUCGCCAUGCCUACCCGAGUAUGCUGUUGCUGUUCCGCUUUGCGUCCUCGCUACAAACGCCUGGUGGACAACAUAUUCCCUGAAGAUCCAAAAGUAAUUUGAUCUACAUCUACUGAUCCUUCUCUUUGCUGACCCAUUCUGCCCCCCGCUGACCUCCCUAAGGAUGGCCUUGUGAAAGCUGAUAUGGAGAAAUUGACAUUUUAUGCAGUAUCUGCUCCAGAGAAACUGGAUCGAAUUGGUUCUUACCUGGCAGAAAGGUUAAGCAGGGAUGUUGUCAGACAUCGUUCUGGGUAUGUUUUGAUUGCUAUGGAGGCACUGGACCAACUUCUCAUGGCUUGCCAUUCUCAAAGCAUUAAGCCAUUUGUAGAAAGCUUUCUUCAUAUGGUGGCAAAGCUGCUGGAAUCGGGGGAACCAAAGCUUCAAGUUCUUGGAACAAAUUCUUUUGUCAAAUUUGCAAAUAUUGAAGAAGACACACCAUCCUAUCACAGACGUUAUGACUUUUUUGUGUCUCGAUUCAGUGCCAUGUGUCAUUCCUGUCAUAGUGAUCCAGAAAUACGAACAGAGAUACGAAUUGCUGGAAUUAGAGGUAUUCAAGGUGUGGUUCGCAAAACAGUUAACGAUGAACUUCGGGCCACCAUUUGGGAACCUCAGCAUAUGGAUAAGAUUGUUCCAUCCCUCCUGUUUAACAUGCAAAAGAUAGAAGAAGUUGACAGUCGCAUAGGCCCUCCUUCUUCUCCUUCUGCAACUGACAAAGAAGAGAAUCCUGCUGUGCUGGCUGAAAACUGUUUCAGAGAACUGCUGGGUCGAGCAACUUUUGGGAAUAUGAAUAAUGCUGUUAGACCAGUUUUUGCGCAUUUAGAUCAUCACAAACUGUGGGAUCCCAAUGAAUUUGCAGUUCACUGCUUUAAAAUUAUAAUGUAUUCCAUUCAGGCUCAGUAUUCUCACCAUGUGAUCCAGGAGAUUCUAGGACACCUUGAUGCUCGUAAAAAAGAUGCUCCUCGGGUUCGGGCAGGUAUUAUUCAGGUUCUGUUAGAGGCUGUUGCCAUUGCUGCUAAAGGUUCCAUAGGUCCGACAGUGCUGGAAGUCUUCAACACCCUUUUGAAACAUCUGCGUCUCAGUGUUGAAUUCGAAGCAAAUGAUUUACAGGGGGGAUCUGUAGUCAGUGUCAGCUUAAACACAAGUUCCAAAGACAAUGAUGAGAAGAUUGUGCAGAAUGCUAUCAUCCAAACAAUAGGAUUUUUUGGAAGUAACCUACCAGAUUAUCAGAGGUCAGAAAUCAUGAUGUUCAUUAUGGGGAAAGUACCUGUUUUUGGAACAUCUACCCAUACUUUGGAUAUCAGUCAACUAGGGGAUUUGGGAACCAGGAGGAUUCAGAUAAUGUUGCUGAGAUCUUUGCUUAUGGUGACCUCUGGAUACAAAGCAAAGACGAUUGUUACUGCACUUCCAGGGUCUUUCCUGGAUCCUUUGUUAUCACCAUCUCUCAUGGAAGACUAUGAACUGAGACAGUUGGUCUUGGAAGUAAUGCAUAAUCUCAUGGAUCGCCAUGACAAUAGGGCAAAGCUUCGAGGGAUCAGAAUAAUACCAGAUGUAGCUGACCUAAAGAUAAAAAGAGAAAAAAUUUGUAGACAAGACACAAGUUUCAUGAAAAAGAAUGGGCAACAGCUAUAUCGGCACAUAUAUUUGGGUUGUAAAGAGGAAGACAACGUUCAGAAAAACUAUGAACUACUUUAUACUUCUCUUGCUCUUAUAACUAUUGAACUGGCUAAUGAAGAAGUAGUUAUUGAUCUCAUUCGAUUGGCCAUUGCUUUACAGGACAGUGCAAUUAUCAAUGAGGAUAAUUUGCCAAUGUUCCAUCGCUGUGGAAUCAUGGCACUGGUUGCAGCAUACCUCAACUUUGUAAGUCAGAUGAUAGCUGUCCCUGCAUUUUGCCAGCAUGUUAGCAAGGUUAUUGAAAUUCGAACUAUGGAAGCCCCUUAUUUUCUACCAGAGCAUAUCUUCAGAGAUAAGUGCAUGCUUCCAAAAUCUUUAGAGAAGCAUGAAAAAGAUUUGUACUUUCUGACCAACAAGAUUGCAGAGUCCCUAGGUGGAAGUGGAUAUAGUGUUGAGAGAUUGUCAGUUCCGUAUGUACCGCAAGUAACAGCUCUCUUUCCUUCAAGCAAAAAACCUCUUAAACCCAGGCACAAGCACAAAGAUGAAGAUCGACUUUCUAGAAGAAAAAGCAUUGUGGACACCGUAUCCAUUCAGGUGGAUAUUUUAUCCAACAAUGUUCCUUCUGAUGAUGUGGUUAGUAACACUGAAGAAAUCACUUUUGAAGCAUUAAAGAAAGCAAUUGAUACCAGUGGAAUGGAAGAACAGGAAAAGGAAAAGAGGCGUCUUGUGAUAGAGAAAUUUCAGAAAGCACCUUUUGAAGAAAUAGCAGCACAGUGUGAAUCCAAAGCAAAUUUGCUUCAUGAUAGACUUGCUCAAAUAUUGGAACUCACCAUACGUCCUCCUCCCAGUCCAUCAGGAACACUGACCAUUACUUCUGGGCAUGCCCAAUACCAGUCUGUCCCAGUCUAUGAGAUGAAGUUUCCAGAUCUGUGUGUGUACUGAUUGGCUCAUGAAGACCUCAGCAUAUGAUUUGUAAGCCUAAAAAUUACGGCCAAGCUGAGCUUUCAAGGUUUACCUAAUGUGUAUUAACAUACUUCUUGAAAAUAAUGAUGGAACAUAUCUUUAACCAAAUGUUUGGCAUACCAUAUUAGAAGUUUUGGAGCUAUAUAUAAUUUCAAGUACUUUCGAAGAUAGAUUUAUGUCAUGUUAAUUUGCUUUGAGGUUCCUGUUGCCUUUUAAGUUGAACAUGUUUUGGUUUCACUUUAUUCCACUGUUAAGUAGUAUAUUUUAAACUUUUCACAAAUGUAAUGUUUUUUCAAAAGUAAGCCUUCAGAGGAUUGAAACUGUAUAAAUUGUUUCUCUCUUAAACAUCUACACAGCCGCUUAGAUGUAGAAUUUUUGUUGUUGUUUUCUGCAAAGGCAAAUACAUUUAAAUAUAUUCCUAGUCCUGGGGCUGCAAAACUGUUCGGUGGCUUUUUGUCCCCAUGCUUUAGAUAAGCUGGGAUAGGCACCCUGCUAUUCAGUUACUGUAAUAAUAUGUGAUAGGCAUUCCUUAUCUUCACAAUAAUAGGACAUCUGUUGAAUAGCAUUCCUCGAAUAUGACCCUAAAAACGCCAUACUUUAAAUUGUCCGGUUCUUGUAAUACUGUGUUUCCUGCCAAGAGUUUGACCAUUCUGCUUGAGAAGUGUAGAGCUUACUCUUGGAGUACCAAACUGUGCAAUAUUUUUACAUCAUAAGAUGUAUUAGUUUACAGGCUGUGCUUUGAAAUUAUAGUAGUAUUUUGCUGUGGCUCCAUUAAUUAAAUGAGAUAUAUAUUUAGUGCAAAAGAAAGACAUUUAAAACAGCUAUUAGUUCACCUGUGAAGAGUCUGUACAUUUUGAUUUCCAUUAAGAGUACAUUUAUUUACAUUUGUAUAUUGUGCAUUGUUUUAGAUCCUCAUAGUCAAAAAAUUCUCCAGAUGGACUUUUAAUUUGUAAGAUUUGAACUGUGACUUGUACGCAUCUGUUUAGAAUCAGUUAUAUCAUAUUUGAAAAGCUGCCUGUGUUUUAACAAUCAAGUGUGCUAAAGUUUGUCAAUUUAAGCUGCUUUUGAUUUCAGCUACCAAGAUCACAGGUGCACUCUACACAUACACUGACAGACCCAUAAAAGUACUUACAUCUUAGUGAAUUCUAUCACAUGGUAAAAUGAACAGCUUUCUUUGUAACUCAGAAAAUUCUCUUAGGACAUUUUUAUAAAGUCACCUGUUUAUAGUUCUAUCUUUUCAGAUUCCAUUUCUUUUUACAUAAAACAGCAUACAUAUCAAAAACUGUAGCCUAGAAGACGGUUUAAUUUUUGGCUUUUGUUUUUGUUUAAAAAAUAGCAGUGAAGAAUGGGAUGUUUGUGUUUAUGGCUAUUUGGGCACCUGUAGUAGAAACGGAAAAAAGUAAGGAAAUGAUAAUAGGACAAGCAUACUUGAAAAUUUCUGAAUACUUAAACAGAAGCGCAACAUCUUGAAAACCAGUCUAGUCAUUGAAACCUAUGAAAUGACACUGAAAGAUCCUGGGCUGCUUCUUAAAUGUAGAUCAACAAGACUUGUUUCAGAGUGCCAGUGGAGUCGCUACCACUGGAGGACUGAAGGGCCCUGUGGCAGUUGUCACUGGAACUUUGCCUCUUGAUCAGGUAAAAUGCUACACCAGUCAGUAAAGCCAAGUUGUAUUUUUUUUAUUGCCCUUUUUUCCUUCUGUAUUUUUAAAGAAGGAUGUUAAUUUUUGACUAUAUAUUUUAAAAAAAUCUAAGCAGGGGGACAUGCAAAAACAAUCAUCAUCCACUUGGAUGUCAUUUUAUAGAUUAACACUGUGUGCUUUUGUAUGGAAAUAUAUAUAUAAUUUAAUAGUACAAAAAGUAAAAUAUUCAUUUGCACUUCUGUGAAACACAAACUUUGCUCUACAAAAUUUCGUGUUUCUUAGUGAUUUUAAAAUGCAUGUAUUGCAUGUAAAGGAAAACCAUUACAAUUAAUGUUGAUCACACCUUUAUCUUGGUCUUUGUUGAUUUGGGUUUUGUCGGGGUUUUUGUUACUGUUUUUAAAUUACACUAGGCUUCUUCAUAUCGUGGAUUUCUAAACUGGUCUUGUUGACAAGGAUUCCCAAGAAAUGGAUCUGUUCACUGGCUGCCUCUCCCAUACCUGCAGGAGAUUCUGCAGGAACAGGGUGUGCACGUGGUGGUGUAGCCAGUUCAGGUACUGAACAUUUAGGAUUUGGUGAAGUUCACUGUAUUGCUAUAUUUUUGUAGAUAUAUAAAACUCAAUAAAUUGUUAAUCAUUCUCUUUUUGCUGUAUCGAGUUGCUUGUAUCACUCUUUCUUUCAUGACAUUAAACAGUUAACAUUUAAAUGUUCCUCCUGUACUUGUGUUGCCCGUGACCACUUACAGAGUUUUAUUGUUAUUGGAGUUUACACACACACAUACUUUCUUAAUACUUCUGAACUCAUCAUCUUUUAGAAUAAUAGUACUACACUUUACCAGCAAUUAACUUCUCCCUACCCAAAAUGUUUUUCUUCCUGUCUGAAAAUGGAACUAAUUUGUGUUAUUCGUGCUUAUAUCUGUAUUAAAGUUAGUUUUUGAAAUGUAAAAA